CAGACCCACUCCGGAGAUUUCUCUCGAUACUUCUACUUUUCAUGCGGUCCGAACACCGCCUUGAUGUUGUUGUAGGUCUCCUCGUUAGUCAAGGACGCCAGCACGUCCUCGAUGGGCACAAGUCCAGCUGCACAAUCGCCACUCGAGCGACCCACAUCUCAGCUCCUUUCACCGCAUGGUGCCGGGCACGCACCUACCGCUGGCACCAAAGGCACGUCUUUAGGAGUCAAACGCGCGGGCUCGCCUGCAGCCUCGUCACCCUCACGGCAGAAGUUGAAUGCGCAUGCUUCAAGAUCGCUAGUUGGGGCCUCGUCUCUCAGGCAAGAGCUUUCGCCGGAGCCACGCGCGGACUCCACGGAGCAAACAAGCGAGACAAGUAAUGCAGGGCCAUUCCGGAUGGCUGGCGGAGUGGUAGCGGAUUCGCAAGCUCUUCUCAGUCUUUUGGGGCCGCCUCCGCUUGUUGACCGAGAUGGUUUGGAGGAUCACGAGUGGGGGCUAGGCUUACCUUCGCGAGGCGACGUGAAUGUGGCUACUCAGGAAAAGCUCGCAAUCUUUCACGGACUCAAAGCGCAGGGCACUCAUUUCAAUGUCUCGCUCGCCCGGAAUCGCCAACUUCGCAAUCCACAUAUAUUUGACAAGCUGGUCAGAUGGGUCGAGGUUGAUGAGAGUGGGACACUCUACCCGGACAUGGCACCCAACACUUGGGCAGCGACAAAGUCGGAGAGGCGUGCGAUGGUCCGAGAAGGUGGCAAAGACCGGCUAGGUGAGCGAUAUGCGCGCUACCUUUUGGCGAGGACACUCGGAGGCUUAUAAGGAGCCGUUUGAAUCGCCCCUCAGCCGAGAUGCAGAGGCGUCAACAGGAAGAGCGCGAAGCGGCUCAAGCACUUGGGAAGGCGAGGUCGAUAGAUU